UGGCCACAUAUUGCUCGGGAGACAGAUGGCUUGUGUCUUGAUUAAGAUUUAAUUUUCCUGACGGGAAUAGCUGACAGGCUUGUCCCGCUGUGUUCACAGAGCAACACAUCUCUCACAUCGCAUCCUGGCUGAAAGGUACAGUGUAACUCCGGGGAGAGCAGAUGAUGUGUGAAAGUGCAGCUUUUCACUUAGCCGGUGUGUUGACUGUUAUCUAUAUCAGCUGCAGGCUCCCCCUUCUUCUUCCCUUUUCUCGCUCUGAUUCGUGCCUCUUCAGAAAGCGGAGAGUAACAUUUGCAGCGAACUUUACCAACCUCGCUGAACCGACGUGAUGCGCUUGCUUUUAACACCGACACUGAUGAUGACUUCAGCAGCGGUUCAUUAUCAGUAACCUGAGCACAAACACUUGAAGAUGAAGAUGAACAUAAGGACACAAGCAUUACACUGGGGUCUCCUCCUUCUGUGUAUAAUGAGCCUCUGCAUCCAGCUUGUGUCCAGUGGCAACCAAAGCUCCCGAGGAAAGACAGGGUCAUCACAGGAGAGGACAGGGACUUGUGAAGUGGUUGCUGCUCAUCGCUGCUGCAACAAGAACAAAAUUGAAGAACGCUCUCAAACUGUCAAGUGCUCCUGCUUCCCAGGACAGGUAGCGGGGACAACAAGGGCUCUGCCCUCUUGUGUUGAAGCCUCUAUUGUGCGACAGAAAUGGUGGUGUAAAAUGGAGCCGUGUCUGCAGGGGGAGGAGUGCAGAGUCCUCCCUGACCUCACUGGCUGGUCAUGCAUCUCUGGAAAUAAAGUGAAGACCACAAAGGUGACACGGUAGCAAGACAGAAGCUCCAGCUAAUCAGUGCAAGCCCAUACUGGUCUGCCUCAGUCAACUUAAAUAACAUUACACUGUGAGGAUAGUGAAUGCCCCGUCAGAUGGAGCACAGAACAAUAUAGAUUUAAUUAGAUAUGGCUCAGCUUUAAAUUGCAGAAAAUCAUUAUUUUAAUUUGCUUUGUCUUGGAACAAUUUUGGUUUGUGUUAAUGCCAUGGCGAAGAGAAUCUAUUAGCAAUUGACCUGGGAUAAAAUGAUGCAGCACCUUUUCCAAUCCAAAUGGACAGCUUUUGCAAAAGUCUAUCAUUGUGUUUUGUGCUUGAUAUUCUGGGCACAUUGUGAUGCACUCAAUCAAAGUUUGGAUGGGUCUGCUGGCAGACACUUAAAAAGAGAUUUUGUGGAUUUUCAGGAGGCAGAAUGUGAAUCCAGUCAGUGGCCUGUGACUCUCUCGAAGCAGAAGCCAACAAAUUCUGAGAAAUUUAUUAUUAUAUAGCAUUUGUAGACAACCCUGUCUCUUAACUUACUCUGAGUUUCAUAAGAGGUCAGCUCCCUUUCCACAAAGAAGCACUCUCUCAAACACUGCAUGAACACACACACACACACAUACAUGACUAUGCAUACACAAAGGCUGCUUUUUGACUCCACUGGUUGGACGGGCCACCACCUGCAAGGCUGUGAUGGCAUGCACACAAGCAUGAAGCUCUGAUGCAAAACAAGGACUGUUUGAAAUGCUAAUCAUGGGGAGAAAGAGGAGAGAAAAGAGAAGAGGAGCUUCUUCACUGCUGAGAGUCUUUACAUCAUGCUUUUUUUUGUUUCUGUUUGUGCUCCUGUGGAGGGGACUCUGCUUAUAGUAAUGAUGGGAAACACUGACAGUUCUCUGCCUUGAAGCAAAUCGUAGCCACUAACAUAACACAAUGUUUACCUUUACUACCACUUCAUCACUUGUCCUCUUUAUAUAAAUAAUAUUCCUGCUGGACCCACCUCGAUUGCCUCUCUUUUAUCUCUUGAGUUCAGGCAGAUACUUUGCAAUUUACCUUUGAAAUGAAGGGACCAAAAAAAUCUAAAUAAAAACACAAAUACAGCAGCUGCAAAUCAUUCCAACUUCCAGCAUUAGACUUGCAUGCAUAACAACCGCUGCAAGUUGAAAGCAGCUGAACUCAACAUAAGACAUUUAUGCAUGAUUUAUAUUUUACAUAUUAUUGUUUUAGUAGUGACAAGAGUCUUCACUGAAAGGUCUGAAAUUCAGGUGUUUACACGUUGGCUACCUUUGUAAGCGUUCAGGUUUAAUUCUUCCUUAACUCUUGCAGUGCUGUGAAUUCAUUUUACGGGAUGCAAUAUGUAAAUCUAAGAUCAUGUAGUGAUACAGUAUUCAAUCACGCUGGAUGUUUUUUACUGGUUUUAGAUGACAGUAGUAUCUCAUGGAAUCUGUAGUUCAAAAGUUCAUCUCCUUUGUGUUUCUUCUUUUUCCUGGAAAUUGUUUUUAUAGCUCAGAAAAUAAUUCAGAGGAUAGCAGUGAGAAUAGAAACAUAGGGCCUUUACAAUGCUUUCCAGAUGUAGAUUAUUAUAUACAUACAUCUUAAGCAAUGAAUGUCGCAGACAGAGCACCAUAUGCCAUGUUUAUGUUGAUCUCAUCGAGGUAUAUAGGGAAUUCCACCUUUCUUUCUUCCUCAAAUUGUUCUUUUUUCAUGAGUUUGCACUUAAAUGUGCCUGAUGGGACGUUUUGAGAUUCUUCUGAUUUUGAGAUUCUUCUGAUUUUGAGAUUUAGAUUUCUUUAUUUGUGACACAAAACCCUUCCUCUAAAUCACUCUAAAUGUGACAUGCUUUUGAGUAUUUUGUAGGUUCACUGGCUAGUUUUUAACCAUUCUGACAGCAGUAUUACAAAACUGCAGACCUUGUAAACUUGUCUGACAUAGUUAGGACAAAGUAGGGUGAUGGUGCUUUAGUAUUUGCACUGUUUUUGUAUAAAAACUAUAGGUGCAAUAACAGAAACCAUUUAAAAUGUGAUGCAAUCCAUUGUACAACUGUUGUAUUUGGCUAUACUGAAUGAAUAUACUAUAUAGCCGUGUUGUGAUUUAGUGCAUUUGUUCAAGAUAUACAAAAGAGUCCUACAGUGAUCUGCAAUAUUUAUUUGUUUAAUUUAGCUGCACGUAUAACUCAAAAACUCCAAACAUUCUGUGGUAGUAAUCACAGUAUCAUGGGGGUUUUGGAGUGUCAGACUGACAAUAUAUGCAAUCAGAAGCUACUACCUCAGGCAUUAGAAACAGAAAUUAUCGUUGCAGUCACAACAGUUUUUAAUAAUUUGUCACUCUUGAUUUUGUUCAAUUUUGACAGCCGACGCUUCUCUCAGUGAUGCAAACUCUGGGAAUAAACCAAAAAAUAUUUAUUUACUCUCAAACCCUUCAGAAAUAUGGAUUGUGAACGCUAUCUUGUUAAAGAUGCUUCUCAGUGACUGAUUUAACUCCUCAGGCUUGAACUGAAAAUGAAGUUUACUCACAGAAAGAUCAUUGGAAGUUAAACCAAGGAGCUGGUUGAGUCCCACGGGAGUCUUUUCACUGUUCUUGCUCAUUGAACCACAUUGUACUUUUUGAAUUUAAAUUAAAAUUGUAUUUUUAAAGUUCCAUAAUUCCCAGACUGUUCUUGAACUGUUUGUGAAUAAAUCUUUAGAAUGACCAGGAACUAAAAUGGAAAAAAAGACACAUCCACUGGGAAUCCCUACAAUCUGCUGCACCUGUACUUUUUCAGAAAAUAUACAGAAUUGAACUGUCAUGAGUUUACAUUGUAACAUAAUAUUUUGUCACGUACUGUUUGGUCAUAUUUUGUGAAGUAAGAGAUUUGGUUUUUAAAAAUUUCAACAGGAACUAACUUAGUGUAAAAAAAGUUUGAAGUAGGGAACAGUACUUUAUACCCCAGGGGGUUUUAUGUCAACGGUGACAGCACACAUCCUCAAAUUUCUGCCUAUAUUCCUAAAAUACCAGUAGCACUCACAGCUUUAUUUUCUCUGAUAUAUUUUCAAAGGAGCUGGUGUGACAUUCAUUAGGUAACUUUCAGAUGUGUCUCAGAUAAACUGUGAUUCAUACACACACUCACACAGGGUCUUAGGAAAUUUCAGCGCUGCUUGAUUACCUCUUAUCUGAAUAAAAAGUAAAGUCAGUCACUUUAUCGCUAUGCUUUUUCACAAAUUAAGUCGAAGCUCUCUCGGCACCUGCCAUCAAAACAAGAAUCACAUCCCCCCCAAAAUAAAAAUGAAAGCAGCCAAAUGAGUUAAUUAAGGCGGGUGUUAUAGGAUCUACACUCUUAGAUGGGAGUAGCAGCACACACGAAAUAAAUGCUUUAAAAGCUGAGGCAAAUAAUCAGAAAAUUAUAACAGAUGAGAGGAUUAAAGAUCCACAAGAUGAGGGGAAAAAAAGUAACCUCACUUUUGAGAUGUUAUUCCAAAGGAGUAAGAGAAAGCUCGAACAUUUCUUUACACUUGAUUCUCACAAUUCAAACCAGACUCACAAAUAACACGUUUCCGACAGCUUAUAUGAUGGGAGUUUCCGGAUGAUAUGUGACGGGGAACAUUUCCUCUCUUGUGGCUGUCUGUUGGGGACAGUAGUUCAUGUUCACUAAUAGAAAAUAAAUUGUCCUGGGGCUCAUGAAAAACAUAAUGGAAACACUGUUCUAUUCCCCUUUAACAACUUUCACCUCAUCUAGAGUUGACAGUUAUAAUAAAAAAUGUAAACACACUUCUCAUUCUCUGUGUAUAACUGCAGAGUGUGCGUGUUUGUGUGUGUGUGUAAACUGAAUUAGCCUUCUUUAAUAAGAGACAGCUAUACAGUAAAGGCGACUUAAAGCGAUGGUCUC